UAUUGUUGACAACUGUGUUUUGCACUACGAAACCUGCGCCAUCCUUAGCAACAGAGACACACGAUCGCUAUAUUUGCGAUUUAUUAACUUUUGGAGACGCGUGGGCACGAUUAAAAUGCUUUAGUGAAGGCUGUCAGUGCAAAAAUGUGACACUUGUACACGUUUACGACGCGUAGCUAAACUUCGCUAGCAUCUUUUUCACAUUUAUUAUUAUAAAGUUUUACAUCGUGGAGUUUUCUUCAGGCAGAGACCAUGGAGAGUCCCACUAUAAUCACAGAUGACAGUGACUCACGGAUCCUUGCGCUGGAGGAGCAAGUGAAGAUGUUAUCAGAUGAGCUUACGCAGUGCCAGGCGGACAAGGAGUUUGUGUGGUCCCUAUGGAAACGUCUACAAGUGGCCAAUCCGGACUUGACCCAGGCUGUCAGUUUGGUGGUGGAGCGAGAAAAGCACAAAGCUGAGAUGAAGGACAGGAAGGUGCUGGAAAUUUUGCAGUCCAAGGACUUCAGAAUCCAAGAGCUGGAGCAGAAGGUAGCAGUGCAGCAACAGGAGCUGAGCAGCUCGGUGCAUAGGGGCCUGACAGAGGAGGAGAGCGCCGUAAUGAAGAACCAAGUCACAGCUCUGCAAGAACAACUGGAGGCCCGCAGCCUGGAGCUCACAGAAAUGAAGAGUGAGUGUAAAAGGCAGAGGGAGGAGGAUCAGCGGGUGGUGCAGGCUCUGGAGGAGAAGAAAGAGGGAUUAGAAGCCCGCUGUGCUGCCCUGCGAUCUGACCUGGAGGAGAGAGAGAGGCAGAUCUGUGCCCAGAGGGAGCAGAGGGACACUGCCCAGGAGAGAGUCAAGGAGCUGGAGGCGGAGCUGCACAGGACCUGGCAGGAGCUCUCCACCGUGCAGAGCCACAGCGGCGGUUUGGCAGCGCAGCUUUCUGCCAAAGACCGAGAACUGAUGACAAAAGAGGAGCAACUCUCACAACUCCGGAAAGAGUGUGCAGAGGUGCAGGCCCUGUACAGACAGAGUGCGGAGCAUGCAGCAGAUCAGAGCCUCCUGAUCCGACAGUUGGAGGGCCUCAACCUGGACACGCAGCGAGUCAUGAGGAACCAGGAGGAGGCACACAACGCAGACGCUACUUCUUAUCAAAAGUUGUACACGGAGCUGAGCCAGAGCUACCAGGCCCUCGUCUCCAGCGAGGCCCAGCUUCGACAGAGCCUCCAGGAGCUCCGCGACCAGCUCGCUCAGAAAGACCAGCAGCUCCACCAACUGCAGUCCCAGAUCCUGCAACAACUACAACAAACGCAGACACCACCACCGCAACUGCCCUCGCAAAAAACCCCUCUCACCGGCCCAUCUCCCAACAGACAAACCAACUUUAAGGCAGCUCUGUCUGAGUCGGCUCUGAGACGGAGCUCCAGCUCGGAGCAGGUGUCUGCUCACGAGUUUGACCCAGGAGCAGAGGAAAGGACCCUCAGACACCAGUCCAGCAGAUCUGUCACAAGACACAAGCGUUCCCGCUCACUGUCCCCAGGAGGCAGCGUGGAGCUGAGAGGAGCCAGAAGAGAAGAUCCAGAGGAGAGGAUCCAGGCUCUGGAGGAGCUGCUGCAGCUAAAGACUGAAGAGAAUGAGGAGUUGAGGAAGGCCCACGAGAACCGCCGUGAACGUCUGCGCCUCAUUCAGAGCAACUACAGGACGAUAAGAGACCAGCUGAAAGACCUGGAGAAGGCCAGUGGCAUUGGCAGAAAGAUCCAGCGUGCAGAGCCGUGGCAGCUGAGACAGGAGGACAGCGAUGCGGUGUGGAAUGAACUGGCUUAUCUGAAAAACCUCACCAGGAAACUCUCUCUGGAGAAGGCAGGUGUGGAAGAGGAGCUGGACAUGUUGAGAGUGCAGGCAGCCAUGGACCGGGCCACGGUGAAGGAAGUCCAACUGCGUCUGGUUAGUGAACAUAAAGAAUUGCUUCACAAAGUGGUGAAGGAGCGCCAGGUCAAGAGCAGUACUCCGAAAAAGCCUUCUGUGUCUCUGGAGCGUUUGGAAGAGUCAUUUAAAAAGAUUGAGCUGCUGGAACAGAGGAUGGAGUCCCUGGAGGAGGAAACGGAGCGACUGAGAGAGGAGAAGGACCACUUACAGGAGGCCAAUGAGGAGCUGGCUCAUAAGUGCUCCAGACUGCAGGCCUCUCUGGACCAGCGUCAGGCCCAGGACGGCGCUCGGUCCGAGGCGGCGCAGGCUCAGGCUCUGCUGCAGGCGGAGAGGCACCGGUCCGAGAUCCUGGCUGUCGAAACCCGUCUGGCCUCGUCCCAGAAAGAGGCCGCUCGGCUCCAUCACAGACUGCUGAAGCUGAGGCAGGAGCUGGGGAUCCUCCGAGCGGCCAGGGAUUUUUAUAGGAACCGCGCAACAAUGCCAACGCGGGCCACCGGGAGCGCUAACAACAUUAACAGCAAGGUCAAAUUCAAAACAAGUCGGCUCCGAGGUCCUACCCACCUGCACAGCCACCCAAGAGCCGGCCCCAAUCAAGCCAUCAGCUGGUUGCGCCGAAGCCCCAGCCCCUCUAAGGAUGAGUGGGAGGACAUGAGCGCAGAUAGUGACAGUGGAGACGAGUACACGGACAGCCUCAACAGUGUGACAAGGGGUGAGUUUAGAAGGAGACGUGCGCACAGAAAGUCUUACAGGCCCGCACAGAUUUCAAAGACUAAAGAGCCGCCUGUAAACUCCUCCAGAAACCCACUUCUAAACCAAGAUGAUGAACAGUGCGAGUCCUGGGAUCGGGGAGGAGAGAACAGGAGGUGGAGGAGACAGAAGAAAAAGACACAGGCCUGCCCCUCCUCUUCUUCUUCUUCUUCUUCUUCUCUGCGGCAGCGCGUUGAGUCCCUCCAGCGUCACCACGGCAGGAUGAGAAAAGCCAGAGACGAAGCGCUGGUGUCGGCCCGAGAGCUGCGCGCCGCCAAAGAGAAGAUAACAGAGCAAGUCAACUCCCUCACUGACAGGCUGAGCAGCAGCAGGCAGAUCAUACAGAAGCUGACCUCUGACCUGGCCGGAGUGGAGCAGCAGAAGAAAGUUCUGGAGAUGGAGCUGGCGCAGUGGAGGCAGGUAUCUCUCCCCCCAAAACCUGCACCCGCCGCACCCGUCCUCCCCGCGUGCUUCUGCCAGGGCCGUCCGUGCCCACCUGACCCUGCCCUGCCCGCUCUGGAGGCUGAGGUCAAACUACUUCAAGUCAAGCUCAAGAGCUCGGGUUCAGAGGUCACGAAGCAGGUGGCAGCUAACAAAGCCCUGCGAGGCCAGCUCCAGGAGAAGGAAGACAAGCUCCGCCAACUACAGGACAAAGCGGCUCACGUGGAAAGAGACGUAAACAUGAAAAGACAGCUCGUGGAGGACCUGAAAACGCGACUGAAGUUUUUGCAGGACAUGGAGGGCAGCUACCGCGGGCAGGUGGAAGAGCUGGAGAAGAAGGUGAAGACGUUAACAGAGGAGGCCACCAAUCGAAAGGCUUUUAUCGAGUCCCUGAAGAGACGACUGAACGUGGCCACGACGGAGAAGAGCCAGUACGAGGCCUCCUGCGCGAAACUCAAGGAAGAGUUGGAGAAAAAGGAGCAGCGCGUCUGUGCCCUCCAGGCCAGAGUGGGAGCUGGCGAGCAGGCUCUGUCCGCCCUGCAGAAGACCGCCACAGAGCAAAUGGAGGGGUUGACCCAGCAGAGCUCCCAGGCCCUCGACCGGCUCCAGAGACAGUUAGCCCAGGCCCUCGCCCAGCUCGAGCAGCUCCACGCCUUCAUCAAGGCUCUGGCCAGCGAGAUACUUUUAGACGUCGGUGAGGUCAAGCAGCAGCUGAUGAAGAAGAAGAGGAGGAGGCAGAGGCAGAGCAGCGCUAUGGCAACCAGGAGCAUGAUCAAAGCCAAGACCAUCGCGGCCUCCAUCCUCAAUAUGUCCGAGAACGAUCUGGCGGACAUUAUGGACAGUGAUCAGGAGGCAGCGGCUUGUCCAGUGUGUCCAGGAGAUCAACAGUGGAUGGAUCACUUAAAUCACAUUCUUCAACAAAAGAUCCCCUCUGCCGCUCUGCUAAUGGAGGCCGUGCGCGUGAAGAUGAAGGAGAGGAAAGUGCUGACAGAAGAGCUGGCCGCGCUCGCCGCACCAGUCAGCGAAAACUCCUGACUCCCCGGACUGAAGCUGGGAAAACUGUCAUCUGCCCUCCCAACCACCCCACUGCCUCCUCCUGCCUCUUCCUCUCUCACCCCUCCUUCCCCUCUCUCUCAUCCACCUCUCCCUCUCUCUCACCCCUCCUCCUCUCCUUUCUCCAUCUCUCUCACCCCUCCUUCCCCUUCUCUUCAUCCACCUCUCCUUCUCUCUCACCCCUCCUCCUCUCCUUUCUCUUUCUCUAUCACCCCUCUUUUCCCUCCCUCUCCCUCUGUCUCACUCCUCCUUCCCCCUCCUCCUCUGUUCUCUCCAUUUCUCUCACCCCUCCUUCCCCUCUCUCUCCUCUCUCACCCCUCCUCCUCUCCUUUCUCUUCCUUUCUCACCCCU